GAAGGAAUGAAGGGGUCACAUGACUGUCAAGUACUAACCAUUCGGUCAUUUGCCCAUCUGUGACAGCCACACUUAGACGCCUGUCAGGUCGGGGGACCAGGGAGAGCAGAGAAGAAACAGAGUCUUCGGAGGAGAAAUAAUAAAUUAGGAAACUUACCAUUUAUUCAGCUACAUUUUUGAGUGUAGAAGGAAGAAAAUGACAACAAUGAUGAUGAAUCAAAUGGAAACAACUGUGCAUUAUGAUAACGGCUACGAGGAUGAGUACAUGAUGCAGGAGGAUGAGUGGGACAGGGACAUGCUGCUGGAUCCUGCCUGGGAACAACAGCAGAGAAAGACUUUCACAGCCUGGUGUAACUCUCACCUGAGGAAAGCUGGAACUCAAAUCGAAAACAUCGAAGAGGACUUCAGGAACGGAUUAAAACUUAUGCUGCUUCUGGAAGUCAUCUCAGGAGAGAGGUUACCCAAGCCAGACAGAGGGAAGAUGCGGUUUCACAAGAUCGCUAACGUCAACAAAGCGUUGGAGUUCAUCACAAGUAAAGGAGUCAAACUGGUCUCUAUUGGAGCUGAAGAGAUUGUAGAUGGUAAUGUAAAGAUGACUCUUGGGAUGAUCUGGACCAUCAUUCUUCGCUUUGCCAUCCAGGAUAUUUCUGUAGAAUGGGACACUAAUGAUGAUCCUCUGGGGAACUUGAACCUGGCGUUUGACAUAGCCGAAAAACACCUGGACAUUCCUAAAAUGCUGGAUGCUGAAGAUAUUAUUAACACCCCAAAGCCUGAUGAGAGAGCCAUCAUGACCUACGUGUCAUGCUUUUACCACGCUUUUGCUGGAGCUGAGCAGGCGGAGACGGCUGCCAACCGGAUCUGCAAAGUGCUGGGUGUAAACCAGGAGAAUGAGAAGAUGAUGGAGGAAUAUGAGCGACUGGCCAGUGAGCUCCUGGAGUGGAUUCGGCGCACCACCCCCUGGCUGGAGAACAGGACUCCGGAGAAGACCAAGUCGGAGAUGCAGCGGAAGCUGGAAGACUUCAGGGACUACCGGCGCAUGCACAAACCCCCGAAAGUGCAGGAGAAGUGCCAGCUGGAAAUUAACUUCAACACCCUGCAGACCAAGCUGCGCAUCAGCAAUCGGCCUGCUUUCAUGCCCUCUGAGGGAAAGAUGGUUUCUGACAUAGCCAGUGCGUGGCAGGGCCUGGAGCAGGCGGAGAAAGGCUUUGAGGAAUGGCUUCUUACGGAGAUCCGCCGGCUGGAGAGGGUGGACCACCUGGCGGAGAAGUUUCGCCAAAAAGCCACCAACCAUGAGAACUGGGCCAGUGGUAAAGAACUGAUCCUUUCCCAGAAGGACUAUGAAACAGCCACCUUGACAGAAAUCCGAGCGUUGCUUCGAAAACAUGAGGCCUUUGAGAGCGACUUGGCAGCUCACCAGGACAGAGUGGAGCAAAUUGCUGCCAUUGCUCAGGAACUCAAUGAGUUGGACUACUAUGAUGUUGCUUCUGUGAACCAACGCUGCCAAAGUAUCUGUGACUUGUGGGACAAGCUGGGAACAUUGACUCAAAAGAGAAGAGAGGCACUAGAGCGCACAGAGAAGUUGUUGGAGACGAUUGAUCAGUUGUUCCUGGAGUUUUCCAAGAGGUCAGCUCCUUUCAACAACUGGAUGGAUGGAGCCAUGGAGGAUCUGCAGGACAUGUUCAUAGUUCAUACCACCGAGGAGGUCCAGAGUUUAAUUGCAGCUCAUGAGCAGUUCAAAGCCACCCUGCCUGAGGCGGAUGCAGAAAGACAGGCCAUUUUGGGAAUUCACAAUGAGGUGCAGAAAAUUUCCCAAAGCUAUGGGAUCAAGUCCAGCUUCAUUAACCCCUACAGCACCAUUGCAACGGAAGAGCUUCUCAACAAAUGGGAAAAGGUGAAGCAGCUGGUUCCUCAGAGAGAUGGUGCCCUUCAAGAGGAAAUGGCACGCCAGCACGCCCAUGAAAGGUUGAGGCGGCAGUUCGCUGCCCAGGCUAAUCUCAUUGGGCCCUGGAUUCAGGCCCGCAUGGAGGAAAUUGGGCGCUGCUCCCUGGAGAUUGGUGGAACGCUGGAAGACCAGAUGACCCAGCUGAAGCAAAUUGAACAUGUCAUUAUUGCUUACAAGCCCAACAUUGACAAGUUGGAGGGAGACCACCAGCUAAUUCAAGAGUCUCUCGUGUUUGACAACAAGCACACAAACUACACUAUGGAGCACAUCCGCGUCGGAUGGGAGCUACUCCUCACAACCAUUGCCCGAACUAUCAAUGAAAUUGAGACCCAGAUUCUUACCAGGGACGCUAAGGGGAUCAGCCAGCAGCAGAUGAAUGAAUUCAGAUCGUCUUUCAACCACUUUGACAGGAAGAAGAAUGGAGCCAUGGAAACGGACGACUUCAGAGCUUGUCUCAUCUCAAUGGGUUAUGACUUGGGGGAGGCGGAGUUUGCGCGUAUAAUGAUGCUGGUGGACCCAAAUGCCACUGGAAUCGUCUCCUUCCAGUCUUUCAUUGACUUCAUGACCAGGGAGACGGCUGAUACAGACACCGCCGAACAGGUUGUGGCGUCCUUCCGCAUCCUGGCAGCUGAUAAGCCCUACAUACUCGUUGAUGAGCUUAGGAGGGAACUUCCACCUGAACAAGCAGAAUACUGCAUCAUGAGGAUGCCGCCGUACGCUGGACCCGGAGCGCCACCUGGAGCACUAGACUAUACUGCAUUCUCUACUGCCCUCUAUGGAGAAAGUGACCUUUAAUUUGACCAGAAGAGCCUGAGAACAUGACCUAUAUUUACUCACUUUGUCUGUUCUGCAUCCCUUCAUAAAAUAUAUAUUAAUAAAAAAAAAAGAAAUGUGUCAAAAAUACUCAAAUUAAGGUAUUCAUUAAUGAAAAUUGUUGUUUUUUCCUCUAAGUAUUGGUCUUUAUUUAUGCUAAGUAAACACAUUAAAGCUUAAAAUUAAUCAUGUAUUCCCAUGAGGAAAUUUGUGGUGCUUUAUUAGCUUAUCUUUUAAAAAGAUUACUUUCUACAUUUCCUUUAUGCCAUUGUUUGGAGAGUUAAAACGUCUGUUUAAAUUGCAGAAAAGUGGAUUACAGUUAUCAUAAACUUUGAUUCAAGGCUGUCCAUCAAUUGGUAAGCUUCAUAAAUAUGUGCAGAAAAGUGGAAAACUCCAUGAAUGCAUGAGUGAAUGUUUACAGUUACUCAUCACUUUAAGGGAGACAAUUUGAAAUGUAAUAAUAGAAAACUGUUUCUAUCAGCAAACAAAAUGUAAAUUCUAAUGGGGUGCCCCAAAACAAAAGUAUUUUUUGUUUUUUUUGCAGCAAUAAAGACAAAAGUUGACAUCCUGACUGGAUUUUUUUUUCUUUUCUUUGAAUUAAUUUAUAGUGGAAAACCUCACAGCUGAUUUGAGUUCUGAAAAUAAAUACAUUUUAAAAAUUGUUCAA